AGUUCUAAAACUUAAACUCGCUGUAAAUUGUCUAUCUAUUGUCGGAAAAUUGUUGGGAAAAAAUAUUUUUUGUGAAUAUGAAAUCCUUUAUCCUGCUCGUCUCAGUGUUGAGUUUCCUUAGUUUCUGUUCGGCAGUGCCACAUCCACCGGCAACGACAGCAGCUCCCAUGAAGGGGACCUAUGACAGCCGUUUCGAUAACAUCGAUGUUGAUGAAAUUCUACAACAGGAACGUUUGUUGAUGAACUAUGUCAAGUGUCUGGAAGGAACGGGUCCUUGCACACCCGAUGGCAAGGCAUUGAAAGACUAUUCCAAUUUCAGAGACUCUGCCGGACGCUAUAGCGACCAAUUGCGAAAAAUGUACGCAGAAGCAGAAAGAGGGUUCGGACAAAGUGACUCACUUUUUGAUCGACAAUCGUCCCGAGGAUUGGCAACGUUUGGAGAAAAUCUACGAUCCGGAGGGUACGUAUCGCAAGGCUUAUCUGGCGGAAAAGGAGACUUCUACUACUACUACCAGUAAUGCUAAUCCGGAGGCUAAUAAAUGAUAAUGGCUGUGACUUUUGGCAAUGUUCCAAUGAUUAUGAGUAUAUAUUUACAAUAGGUUUUAAGGAUUUAUAUAUCUUUUUACAUUUAAGAGAGAAAACAUAUUAAAUAUUAAGAGAGCAUUUAAAGAAAAUGAGUUUUUAAAAAACA